AUGGCUUCCGCGACAGUUGAUCAUGCAGCUGCUCCAGUUGAUGAAUUGUCGACUGAGGUUUCGGCUUUGACUGUGCAAGAGAAAGAGGCUGCCACAACCGAAUUACCUCCGCACCGGAGCCAUGAUCCUAAGGCUAACACAAGGAGAUACGAUCCCUUUCAAUUCGGACAGCGCGUCCUUCAGGAAGGCGAUGAUAUCUUCGAGUUCAAUGCCUGGGAUCAUGUGGAGACUGACGACGACUAUAAGGAAUACGCAGAACAGCAGUAUGCUAUGCAGCGGGAGUCGCCAGUCUCCGACUUCGAUAAAAAUAGAUUCAACUCGGACCCUGCAAAGUGGUGGAAUCUCUUUUAUAAGAAUAACACUGCUAACUUCUUCAAGAAUCGCAAGUGGUUACAACAUGAGUUUCCCAUCCUUGCCAAGGUUACAGCUGAAGAUGCCGGUCCGGCCACAAUCCUGGAAAUAGGUGCUGGUGCCGGCAACACUGCAUUCCCCAUCUUAGCCAACAACAAGAACCCCAAGCUGAAAGUGCAUGCUUGUGACUUCUCCAAGAAGGCCGUUGAGGUAAUGCGUAGUCACGAAGAGUAUAAUACCGACUUCAUGCAAGCCGACGUAUGGGAUGCCGCUAGUGAGGAGCUCCCUCCUGGUCUCGGAGAGGGCAGCGUAGACGUUGUCUUCAUGAUCUUCAUAUUCUCAGCCCUGUCCCCGAAGCAAUGGGAACAAGCCGUUCGGAACGUUCAUCGGGUACUCAAGCCAGGCGGCGAGGUUUGCUUCCGCGAUUACGGCAGAGGUGAUCUAGCACAGGUCCGAUUCAAGAAAGGACGAUACCUGGAUGAGAACUUCUAUAUUAGGGGAGACGGCACGCGAGUUUACUUCUUCGAGAAAGAAGAGCUCGAACAAAUAUGGUCCGGCGCACCGACAGUUAAUAGAGAAGGAGCGGAGAGUGAAGAGGUGACCGCCUCUGAAGAAUCAAAGACGAAACUAGUAGCAGAAGAGGCUUUGUUUGAUAUAGAACAGCUCGGCGUCGAUAGAAGGAUGGUGGUAAAUAGAGCGCGGCGGAUUAAGAUGUACCGCUGCUGGAUCCAAGGCCACUUUCGAAAGAAAUAA